AUGGAGAAGUUCACGAUGACCAUCGACACGCCGCCAAGGGCCGUCCGCAGCACCAUCGCGAGCGGCUCCAGCCAUCAGAAGCGACACGCCCACGGCACUCCCAAUGCGGACCGCAGCACGCCCGCGUCCGUGAAGAGGUCGCUCAAGCUCUCCACCCCGCGCCGCACUCCUUCCCAGGCGGACCGCUUCAUCCCCAACCGCGGCGCCAUGGACCUCGACAUGGCUCGCUUCAACAUGGCCCGUGACGUCACCACCAGCAGCGGCGCCAGGGAGAACGGCGCGUCGCACGAAGUCACAUCGCCCAACGCGGUAAGUCUCGCUGCGCAGAACUGUCGCAUUGUCCUUCGCCGCCUGCUUUCCUCGUCGCGUAUGCCUUCUUCCCUUUCCCCGCCACUCCUCCCCGGCAUCGACUUCCUCCGCAUCCGCCCUCAUUCUCUUUCCUCCCUCCCCGGCCGUCCCUGCCUCUAUUCCCCCCUUCGCUUUCCUCCCCGCCAGGCGCAGUACCGAAAGCAACUGGCGGAGAAUCUCCUCCGCGACAGCCCUUCCGCCAACACCACCCCCUCCGCCCGCCCCCGCGGCGCCAAGAUCCUCUCCUUCAAGCCCGCGGGCUCCCCUUCCUCCUCCGACUCCUCCGACUUCCCCGCGCGCGGGGCGCUCUUCUCCCCCGCCGCUCCCGCUGGCGCGAGCUGCGGGAAGCGCAAGGCGUUCCGGUACGUGCCGCAGGCGGCGGAGCGCAUUCUGGACGCGCCCGAGCUGGUAGACGACUACUACCUCAACCUGCUCGAUUGGAGCUCCAGCAACGUCGUAGCGCUCGCGCUCGGCGCCUCCGUGUACCUCUGGGACGCCGCGACGGGCGCCAUUGAAGAGCUGCUGCACGUGGGGGGCGAGGGCGCGGACGAGGGCGCGGAGAGCGCGGAGUACGUGAGCAGCGUGGCGUGGGCGGCGGACGGGAAGCACCUGGCGGUGGGGCUGAGCUCCGCGGAGGUGCAGGUGUGGGACAGCCAGCGCCUCAAGCAGGUGCGCGCGCUCAAGGGCCACGCGGGGCGCGUCGGCGCCAUGGACUGGAACGGCGCGACGCUCUCGACGGGCGGGCGCGACGGCGCGAUCCUCAACCACGACGUGCGCAUGCGCCACCACGUGACGUCGCGCCUGGCGGGGCACGAGCUGGAGGUGUGCGGCCUUAAGUGGUCGCCGUCCGGCCGCCAGCUCGCGAGCGGCGGAAACGACAACCUGCUCCACAUCUGGGAUGCCUCCGCCAUGGCCUCCGCCUCCGCCGCCUCCGCUUUCUCCGCGUCCUCCGGGUCCUCCGCGCGCCUGGCCAACGGCAACGCGCCGUGGCUGCACCGCCUGGACCUCCACCAGGCCGCCGUGAAGGCGCUCGCGUGGUGCCCCUUCCAAGCCAACCUCCUCGCCUCGGGCGGAGGCUCGGCGGACCGAACCAUCAAGUUCUGGAACACCCAAACGGGCUCGUGCGUGCGCAGCGUAGACACGGAAUCACAGGUAUGCGCGCUGCAGUGGUCGCAGCACGACAAGGAGCUGCUGUCAUCGCACGGGUACAGCCGCAACCAGCUGUGCCUGUGGCACUACCCCACCAUGGGCAAGCUCGCUGAGCUCUCCGGCCACUCCGCGCGCGUGCUGCACCUGGCUCAGAGCCCUGAUGGCGCCACCGUCGCCUCCGCUGCCGCCGACGAGACGCUGCGCUUCUGGAAGGCGUUCGGUGGGCCCAAGGGCGAGCAGGGCGGCAAGGCGGGCAGCAGGGCCGGCAGCGGCAGUGGGAGCCUUGAGCGUGGGUUCAGCAGCCGCAGCAUGAGCCUCAGAUAA